AUGAGCAAGGCAAUCGUCGUGGCAUUGGCCAUGCUGGCCUCGGCCAGCGCGCUCCAGGCGCCGAAGACGCUCCGCGCGUCGGCGAACGGCCCGCGCUUCACGACGGCCGUGCCGGCGGAGACCGACGUCGCCGUCGCCGUCGAGAAGCCCGAGGCCGAGGCCGCCGUCGUCGUCGGCGAGGCGCCGACGGCCGCCGCGUGGCGCGCGGCCUGCGACGCCGACGGCGUCAUGUCCUACGCCGACUUUGGGGUCAAGCUCGCGGCCGGUGUCGAGGCGCCGGCGCCCGCGGCCGAGGAGCCCGCGGCCGCGGCGCCGAACGCGCCGGAGCCCGCGGCGCCCGCGGCCGCGGCCGCGCCCGCCGCCGAGGAGGAGGCGUCCGUGCCCGCGCGCCUGCCCGGCGACCUCGUCUUCAAGCGCUUCGCGGACCAGGAGUACAGCCAGCUCUCCGAGGCGUUCGGCGUGCUUCCCGUGCUCGCGCGGCCGAAAAUCCUCGACGGGUCCCACGCGGGCGACUACGGCUUCGACCCGGCGGGCUUCUGCACGACGAACGAGGAGCUCUACAACCAGAUGGAGGCCGAGGUGCGCCACUGCCGCCUCGCGAUGCUCUGCGCGGCGGGCUGGCCCAUGGCCGAGCUCAAGGGGCCCGACUUCUUCGACGGCGCGCUCCUCGCCGACGGCGGCCGCGCGCCGACGGUGCUCAACGGCGGCCUCCUCGAGGGCUUCCCGCCGCUCAACGCCCUCGCCGUCCUCGCCUUCUUCGCGGCGUUCGGCGCGCGCGAGCUCGAGGUCAUCGGCACGCUGAAGUCGCAGACGCUCUACGGCGGCGUCCACAAGAAGGACAUGGAGGCGCUCGAGGGCGAGUGGCCCUGGGGCGUCGCCGGCGACGAGGACUUCGACCCCCUCGGCCUCUACGGCCUCCUCGGCAAGGACGCCGUCGGCCGCUUCUGCAUGCGCGAGCUCGAGCUGAACCACGGCCGCGUCGCCAUGCUCGCCGUCCUCUCCUACGUCGCCAUCGAGGCGACCUUCCACAUCCCCGUCGUCCAGCUCACGCCCUUCCUCUUCGGCAAGUGGUUCUGGUAG